AUGAAAACAUCCAACCUCACUCACGCAGAGGAAGCAGCUAUUGCAUUAGCUAUAGCAUCUAACCCCAACGCCGAUGUGCUCACUGACUCCCAGAACGCCUGUCGCAAUUUCAAUAAUGGAUUAAUACACAGGUCAGGGUUGUCAUUGCUGACUAAGCAUCCACCCAGCCAAGCCUCAGUCAUCUGGUUUCCCGGUCACCUGGAACUACCAGGAGGAAACGAAGCCGCUCACAGGCAUUGCUGGGACCUAACUACUUUAGCAGUGUACGCUGACAAUUUCGCAGCAUACAGAACAGCCAGAAAGGAGUACCCAAAACCACAUAAAUCCCUCAAUAAGUUGGAAGAGAGCACUCUUAGGAGACUACAAACUAAUACAUACCCAACGCCAGCUAAGUUACACCAGUGGUACCCUACACUAUACUCCCCGCAAUGCCCACACUGUGGAGAGGUAGCUAACCUCUACCACAUGGUGUGGGCUUGCCAAUUUAAUCGCACACUUGAACCCAUUCCAAAUCUCUCAAAAGAGCAGUGGGAGGCUAUUCUGCUCAGCGAUGAUCCUGAUCGUCGGCACUGGCUGGGCCCUUAA